AUGGACCCCUCCACGCUCAAUCUCCCUCCCAUGAAAGACCUCACAGUCGAGAACAUCACCGAGAAUGCUAUCCGGAUGAACUCGCUCUGUGAAGACGAGCGCAUGAAAUACGUCCUCGAGCGGCUCGUCACGCACCUGCAUGAUUUCGCGCGCGAGACUCGUCUCAGCACGGAUGAAUGGAUGAAAGGACUGUUGUUCUUGACGGAGGUGGGCAAGAUCUGUAGUGAUGUGAGACAGGAAUUCAUCCUCCUCUCCGACGUCCUCGGCCUCUCCAUCCUCGUCGACUCAAUCGACCACCCCAAACCCCCCACCGCAACCGAAGGCACCGUUCUCGGCCCCUUCCACACGCACGAAGCCACCGAGAUCCCCGCCGGUACAUCCAUGUCCUCGGACCCGAACGGCCAGCCCCUCCUCGUCGUCUGCACCGUCAAAGACACCGCCGGGAACCCGCUCCCCAACAUAAAGGUCGAUGUCUGGGAGACGGACUCGACGGGCCACUACGACGUGCAGUAUGAAGGGAGAGAGGGACCCGAUGGACGGUGUCUUGUGCGGAGUGACGAUGAAGGCGUGUUUUGGUUUAAGGCCAUCACGCCGGUCCCGUAUCCGAUUCCGCACGAUGGGCCGGUUGGAAAGUUGUUGGCGAAGUUGAAGAGACAUCCGUAUAGGCCGAGUCAUAUGCAUUUUUUGUUUGAGGGGGGUGAGAAGGUGGAGCAUGGGGAGGGCGUGGAUGGGUUGGUUACGUGGGUUCCCUUCCCCUCCUUACCCGGCUUUUUAUCCUCAGCUUCUGAGGAGGACAAAGGAAACAAACAAGCUAACUCUGACGAUGACCUUGUCUUGAAUAGAGCCCUCUACCUCCGCAAUGAUCCCUACGAGACCUCCGACGCCGUCUUCGGCGUCAAAGACUCCCUCGUCGUGGACAUCGGGCGCGCCGGACCGGAAUACGCUAAACGGUACAACGUCUCCGAGGACCACGCGCUCCUGACGUAUGACUUCGUGUUGGUAUCCGAGGCCGAGACGAGGGAGCUGCGGGAACGGAACUCGAAACUAGCGCUGGAUAAGCUGGGUCGGAAGGUUAAGAUGGUGAAUGGGUUGCCGGUGCCGGAUUUGGAUUGA